GCUGCUGUUAUCGUCUGCCGCCCGUCCGAACGAGAGGAGGCCUGUCGGGGGCUUUGCUCGCGGGGAGCGGCAGGCGGGCGGUUACGGCGCGGUGGCUCUUCCAGCCGGGGACAUGUCGAGGCGGGUGGGGCUCCGGCGAGUCGCUUGGAGGAGACGAGUGGCCGCCGAGGCGACGGCGGCGCCCGACUCGAGUUCCUCCGGGAGACUGCGCCGCUCGACGGCCCUCCGACCUUGAGCCCCGGGAGCGCAGGCGGACGCGGCCCGCGGAAGGGAAUUCAACUGCACAGCAAAGCACCGAGGGCUCCUCUGGCACCAGGAAGGACAACAAUGAAGCUGCUGGAAAACUCCAGUUUUGAAGCCAUCAACUCCCAGUUGACAGUGGAAACGGGAGACGCGCAUAUUAUUGGCAGGAUCGAGAGCUACUCAUGCAAGAUGGCCGGGGACGACAAGCACCUCUUCAAACAGUUCUGCCAGGAAGGUCAGCCACACGUCCUGGAGGCUCUGUCGCCGCCCCAGACCACCGGCAUCAGCCCUAACCGGCUCAGCAAGAGCCAAAGUGGAGACGAAGAAGGACCCCUCAGUGACAAGUGCAGCCGCAAGACCCUCUUCUACCUGAUUGCUACCCUGAACGAAUCUUUCCGCCCGGACUACGACUUCAGCGCUGCCAAGAGCCACGAGUUCAGCCGGGAGCCAAGCCUCAACUGGGUGGUGAACGCGGUGAACUGCAGCCUCUUCUCUGCCGUCCGGGAGGAUUUCACCGCCCUGAAGCCUCACCUGUGGGACGCAGUGGACCAGGAGAUCUGCCUCUCCGAGUGCGACAUCUACAGCUACAACCCGGACCUGGAUUCGGAUCCCUUUGGGGAGGAGGGCAGCCUGUGGUCCUUCAACUACUUCUUCUACAACAAGCGCUUGAAGAGGAUCGUCUUCUUCACUUGUCGCUCCAUCAGCGGCUCCACCUACCCGCACUCGGAGGCUGGGAACGAGUUGAACAUGGACCUCAGCGAGGACGAUGCUGAGGAGACCCCCGGCAGCUGCGACAGGGACGGGGGCAGCAUGGAGGCGGAGAAGAGGCCGGUGGUCUGCAUGUGAUUCCCGGGCCGGGGGCUUCUCCCACGAAGGACGCCGCUGCCUGCCCUGCGGAUGCUGCGUGAACAGUUGGUGCCAGGAGCCCCUCUGCCUGCCUGCCUGCGGAUCCUUGCCUGCCAGCGGCCUUGAGGCUCCGCGUCUUUCCAGGGGACAGGCAGGGAGGGAGACCCGGCCCUCGCGCUGGCUGCUGCGGGGGCUCCUGUUAGCCUUGGGACCCCGGAAGGAGGAGCCGAAUGGACGUGGGAACAGGACGGAGAGGCUCCGACCCCCCCAAGACUUUUGGCAUCAAGUGGCUGGACUGGCCUUGGGGGGCCGUGGCAGGCUCGCUCCCCCCC